ACCAGUUGGUCCUCUCGAUGGCUUCACGUCAGGGAAGGGAUGGGUGUUCCUUCGGAGUUGAGAGACGCUUGGGCGAGCAGGAGGAAACCUUCUGCGAUCGCUUCUCCUAACGAGCCGACUGCCCUCCAUUCCAAGAGCUCCGUAAGAGAAGCCGUUCGGUCAGGAAUUAAGACAGCCUUAAUUACAGGUUCCGUAGCUGCUGUGCCAACGUUGGUUGGCUGUCGUGUUAUUCCAUGGGCUAAAGCUAACCUUAAUUACACUGCACAAGCGCUCAUCAUAUCAUCAGCUUCCAUUGCUGGAUUCUUCAUUGCUGCUGAUCAGACUAUUCUAGAGAGUGCAAGGGAAAAUUCAUUCCAGAAGUAUGAUAAAACAACUUGAUGGGUUCUCUUCCCCUUGGCGUGGUCGUUACUGCUAGGAGAAAUCGACCUGUUUUCUCAUUUCAAUGCAUUUCAUAUCUAAGCUUGUAUCUGAGAUUAUGCUUCAACCAAACCAGUUUGCUGUUCACAUCCUUACCCUCUGAAUUAAUGAAUUAUGCUGCCUUAUGUUCUUUCUAUCUUUUUCUUUUGGUUACUGUAUUUGGCUCUUAUCGACCACCUUUGUUUAUUCAUUUUUGUGAGUUUCUUUUGUUUUC